AUGCCUGACUUUCAAAACGAUCUCAUUCUCAUAACCUGCGCCUCGGGGAAACAGUCCGCAGCGUUGAUCCCCCACAUCCAGAAGACCUAUAGGAAGAUCCGAUUGCAAUGCAACAGCUCCACCUCAGCGCAAUCACUGCAAGAGAAAUAUCCAGACUCUGAGGUCGUGCAAGCAGAUCUCGCGAAUGCUGAAGACUGCCACCGUAUCUUGAAACACGUCACUGCCUGNUUUUUGGUUCUCCCGCCUUUCCACCCUCACGAAACGACCUUGGGCAUCAAUUUCAUCGACGCAUGUAUUGCCCAGAAAGACAAUGGCGGUCCGCUGCAACAUGUAGUGUAUAGCAGUGUCAUCCACCCCAUCCUCACCAAACUGCUCAACCACGAUUGCAAGCGUUACGUCGAGGAAUACCUCAUCGAAUCUGGAGUCUGCUAUACAAUCUUGCAGCCCACACACAUGAUGGAAAUGCUACCCUUGCAAAAACUGAUGAACGAGGAAAAACCAGUGCAUUCUGUGAAUUGGAACCCAGCGACUAAAUUCUCAUUUGUCACUACCAGGGAUAUUGGUGAAGCUGCGGGGAAGGUGUUGAGGGAUAGGGAACGACAUGUUGCCGCGACGUAUCAGUUGGUGUCUACGGCUCAGCCUUUGUCUUAUGUAGAUGCUUGUGCUAUUGUGAGUAAGGUAUUGGGAAAAGAGGUCAUGGCUGAACACAAGAGGUUUGAGGAUGCGGUUGAUACGAGUAUCAAGAUGAUUAAUGGAGGUAAAGAGCCGCCGAAAGCGAUGAAAGAGGUUGGAGCCAGGAUGUUUUUGUACUAUAAUGAGAGAGGGUUGAUUGGGAAUUGUAAUGUGUUGAGGUGGUUGCUAGAGAGGGAGCCUACUGGGUAUGAGGAGUGGGUUAGGAUGAGGGUUGGGGAGAUCCAAGAUGAGAAGUAG